GCGCUACUGCAACAGUUGAUAGCGUCGAGUACAGGUGCGCAGUCCGGGUGCGCCCAAGAAGGCGAAAAGCACAAAUUAAAGCAGCUGGGAAUACAGACUGAAUAUGUAAUAUUCGCCACCCGCAAUUAACUGCGCUGCGGCACUGGCUGGCCGAGGAAAUCAGUCUGGCCGAGAGUCAUUAUGCACACACACUUAAGAGCGGACACACACACGUAGACUCGCUGGCUCUCUCGGGCGCACGCAUACACGGCCAGGCCAGUUCGUGUAUCUGGCACUGGUAUGGGUGAAUGUAUCUGUAUCUACGUGCUGGGGACUCUGAGUCGUAAACUUUGCGUUCAGUUCACUUGAACAGCUGUGAGUGAUCAGCAAACGACGACGAGACGAGGUUGUCGGGAACUAAGUACACACACAGAUACGAGCUCCCUCGUAUAUGCAAAAUUACACACCAGAGCAGCAGCAGCAGCAGCAGCAGCAGUACAUGGCGCUGCAUAAGACACAAGUACAAAAGAAACAAAAAUAAUAAAAAAUAUACAAAAAAUAAAAACGUAAAAUCUUUUGCGUAGUUUAUUCGCUCCAAGCCAACUCUCGUAUCUCAUCGCUACUUUUCGCUCGCGUCGCGUUGCGCUGCGCUGCGCCGCCGAGAGUUGCGUUCGCUUCUUCUGCUCAGCUCGAUUCGAUUCCAUUUCGAUUCCGCUGCGACGCGAUGUUUAGUUUAGAUUGACCAGGACAAGAAGAAAUGCCCUGGCACUCGCGCGACUCCGUCGGAAUCGAGACACAGUCCUCCUCAUAAGCGAAGCGACUAGACUAGGCCCAACUAAACUAAUCCAACUGCCAAGCAAGGCCAAUAAACCUACAUACAUGUGUUAACGGAAACGAGUGUGCAUAAAUCGCGUUGUGAUUAAACCCCCCGAAUUAACCAAUUAAACAAUCCGCGAUCUGAAUCUGACUCUGAUUCUGAUUCAGAUUCUGACUCCGAGCCCAGAUACAAAUAUACAGUCCACCACACAGAUACUUAUUGUCAGUGCAACUGCAAGUGUAUUUCCGCAGCAAGUGAUAACGCUCCGCGAGCAUAAACAUAUACAAAAACAGGGCCUGUAACGCCUAAGCUCCGUAUAAUAAAUUAAAAACAAAUAUCUGCAACGACCCAGAAGACAUAUUAUCAAAAUAGUUGGUGUUUCAAAAGUAGCAAUAGUUAGCAACAAAAGCAACACGUAAAACAAACACAAGCACAACAACCACACACACGACCCUCUAGUGGUAUUGGUGCGCGCCUGCCGUAGUAUUAGUGACGACCACAGUCUCGAGUACAUAUGCAUUACACAGACGUGGGGUACUCGGGUGUGUAAACUCUGGGCACAUAAGUACGAGCCAAUCUAUUUAAUUCAGUGCAUUUAUAAAUUAAUAAAAUGUACAAUAAAUACAGAGAGCCAGAGUGUGAGUGAGAGUGCUGCAGAUAUAUAGUAUAUAGAGAGGCACACGUACAUAGCUACAAGCUCAUUACACAGACGCAGCGAACGUGAGUCUUGGAAUAUUGCAAACACAAAACAAAAAAAAUAAAUAAAUAACGAGGAACCAGUUUCACCUUGAGGAGCAAUAGCAAUACCUAGUGCAUACUCACACACGGGCCAGCAUACGAACAUAUGUACGCGAAGCAGCCAGAUCGGCCAGCGCCUACGACUACGAAUACAUAGUGCACAUAGGCAGUACAUAGUACAUAACACAUAAUCGGCCGGGAGCGCUCUCCAUAAUAACAAUAAAUCCGCGAUAAAGGCCCGGAGAAACAGCAUCCCCGUCUUAUCGGAACCGCACCACCACUGCCACAGUAUCUGCGACUAUGUUCCAGUCCCAGGGAUCAUCAAGUCAGCUGCCCUGGGAUAAAACCGAGACACAGAUACAGAUACAGAUACAGAUACCCCGCUCUGAUGCAUCCAACUGAGGUGCUUCGGGAAAGAUGAUAGCUGCGCCCAACCAGGCCGCCGAACCACCAUUCACAAUUCGCCAAGGAACAGUGCCAGCCGUUCCAGUAACCACCACCCAACCAGCGAGUCCAGCCCCAAAAUUAUACGUGCCCGUGCCCGGGGCACUCUGCACUCCGAACCCCCUAACAGCGCCAGCAGCAGCAGAACCAGCAGCAACACAAAGCCAGCGAGCCAUUACUCAUCCAGCGGCUGUGGCUUCGCCUUCCGCGCCUGUUGCUGCAGCUGCUCCAAGCCCCAACACCAACAACAACACCAGCACCAACACUAACACCCACCUCGAGCCCCUCCACGACCCCAAUCCCCUUGAAUCCAAUAUGGACAGCGAAAGAUCUCCGAGCCACAGCGGCCAUGAAAUGACACUGAACAUGAGCGGCAUCGAUUCCAGCCUGGUGUUUGGAUCUGCACGGGUUCCUGUCAAUUCCAGCACCCCGUAUUCGGAUGCAACUCGAACCAAGAAACAUUCUCCCGGCCAUAUUAAGAGACCCAUGAACGCGUUCAUGGUCUGGAGCCAAAUGGAGCGCCGAAAGAUUUGCGAGCGGACGCCGGAUCUGCACAACGCCGAGAUAUCGAAGGAGCUGGGACGACGGUGGCAGCUCCUCGGCAAGGAGGACAAGCAGCCGUACAUCAUCGAGGCGGAGAAGCUGCGGAAACUGCACAUGAUCGAGUAUCCCAACUACAAGUACAGGCCGCAGAAGAAGCAGACGCGGUCGCCGGGGUCCCUGAAGCAGAACCAGGACGCAGACAGCUGCGAAGCUAAAAAUGACAACACAAAUCCCAACAACAGCACACUGUCCACUCUUGCAAUUAAUGGAACAUCCACCACUGCCGGUCGGAAACGCAAAAGAUCUACCUCUACAUGUCAAUCUGGUUCGGUUUCGAAACGAUUGAAGAACAACGAUUCGGGUGAUACUUCCUCGUCCAAGCCCAAGGCCUACGACGUGAAGGCUCCACCGCCUGUGCUGGAGCAGCACAAUCCCGUGGAUAUUAUAUUACCCUCAGCCGAUAAUCUGUUAAGCUACCAAUCAUCUGAAUAUUUACCUCUAAGCACGAAUCAAAGCAAUGUCGAUUGCGAUAUACACUCAGACCUGAGCUCAGGUCCCUUGGAAUCGAUUUCCAACAACCCGCAGGAGAACCUAUCCGAAGUAGUUUUCAAGUAUAUGCCUCUGCCCCUCUUCAUGAGCCCCACCGCCAACGAGGACGACUCCCAGCUGGAGGUCAACACCUCAUCCCACAGCCACCAACACAAUCAGUCCGAUCCGACUGCUAGCCUAAUGGCCAACAUCUCCGGCAUCAGUCCCAUGAGCGCCCAGGAAGAGACGGCCGAGGAGGUGCUGAGGGGAAUGCCCUACUACGGGCACCUUCUGGAGGUGAGUUCCCAGAAUGGAAACGCUGGUGCCGCCGGCAGCCACAUUCUAAAUGUGGUCAAGGCCAACCUCCUGGAGGGCCACAACCCCAGCCUCGUCGGCGAGCCCGUGUUCGACUCCGAGGAGAACAUUGUCAACGAUGCCAACUUGCAUUCAGCCAGCCAUCAAAUACCUCCAUAUGUGCCUGAUCAACACGACUGCUUCGCCGAGGACUGUGGCGGCGGCGGUGGCGGCGACAACUCCUCGCACCACGUGGAGUUCACGGUGGUGCAGCCGCAGACCGUCACCAUGAACAUUGAGAUACACAACAAUACCCUCUCGUAUGGCGGGGCGGAUGGCGGGCACACAUUCCAGACCGACGACUUCAACCCGAUGCCGUCGACCGCCGAGGACAGCGACUGCAGCAUCCUGACCGCCGCCCACUCGCCGCAGAUCAGCUUCUGCAACGGCAGCUUCGUGGAGGCGGACACCAUCGCGAACGCUUGCACAUCAUACACCACCCAAGACUACACCGGAAAUGUAAUUGAAACACACAAUGAUCUCAACUACGCCGCACACGAUAAUAACGGAGCUCUCCUAGCUUAUACAUUAGAGGACUUGCCGCCUCAGCCAACCGGAAGUCAUUUAGAGUUUAACACUAACAAGUACGGGUUUGCAAGUUAUUACAAAAUGUGAGAGAAGUACGUAUUUAAGUUUUGUGUAAUUUAUAACUAAUCUAAUUGUACGUUUAUAAUUUUACACCAAAUUAUAUAUAUAUAUAUACUAUAUAUUCCAUAAAUUCUAUAUACAAAACAACACCAGCAAAAUGAAUGAAAACAAAAAAAACGAGAAUAAAAUGCUUUGCAUUGAAAA